AUGGCUGCCAUCAUGAGAUUCUUCCGAUGGGUUAGGCGGGCUUGGCAAAAGAUUACUUGCUGGGUUUUCUCCUGGAAACCAAAAGUUAGGCCAACCAUCUUGGAAUACGGUGGCUCCAAGAAACAUGCAUUGAAGGGGGUGGAGAAGAUUCCCAAGGCAGUUGAAACUUUGAAGUUUGUCGAGUCCUGCAGAGAGGAUAAGCUUCCCAGGAUGGAUGUGUCCCCUGGGCUGGCUGAGCCCUGUGUGUUGGCCAAGGCAAGAGACGGGACCAAGAUGGAGCUGGGUGGUGAGGGCCGAUCCCUGCUCCGGCUGCCCCAGACGGCUGUUCAGUCCGUUUCCACGCUCAUGGUCUCCGCCCUACGGACCGGCUGGCAAAUGUGCAGCUGGAAGUCAUCUGUGAGUUCUGCAUCCAUUACCUCCCAAAGGAUGACCCAGUCCCCAUUGCAGACGCCGGAGGCUGAGCUGCUGCGGGAAGUGUACCUGGUGCUGUGGGCCAUCCGGAAACAGAUACAACAGCUGUCCCACAGGCAGGAGAGGCAAAGACGGUGCCACAUCCGGACCCACACUCCCCCCAAAUCUCACCCAGUUCAGUGCCUGAAACAGGAUGCCCAAAGUCCCCUCUAG